UCAGGUUGCGCAUUUAGGCGCGAGGCACUGUGGUGAAGUUCUGUUGCCCCCCGGACACAACACCAUCGUCUGAGCUUGGUGUUGUCCAUGAAUACCAGGAUCACUUGAGUGUUCCAAAUCUCUUCCGCCCAGAUUUUGCGGAGGGCCAAGCGGAUGAAGUUCGGAAACCCAGUGGUCCAAGGCGGCACCAGUCGCUGGAGGAUGGCGGCCGCAGGAGAGUUUGACGGUGUGAACUUUGCGAGGUCAUGCUCUCCGUGCUCGCUCAGACGGGCUUGCUCCGGUUGACUGUCGGAAGCCUCCACCCUUUUUCUCUUGGUACCUCUCGCUUCAACUUCAUGCUGGACGAGCGGGUCAUCUUCCUCGUUGGCGUCGGCGAGGUUUGCAGGGGGCUCGUUGACGAGAUUUUUCGAUUGGUUGAUCUCGCCCGGCUUGUGCGCGAUCUACCGGAUCUCAGCAGUCAAGCGCUGCUGCAGCUCUCGCUUGAAGUCGUCCAGGUCGUCCUUCGUCACCACCUUUUCCAGUUUCGAGUCGACGGACAUGCCCUGCUUCGCUAGGCCAUCGAGAAGCUGCUUUGCGUCGUCGCAAUCUGAGACUUGACAGGCUCGCUCUUGUUAGACUAAACAAUGAACUAAUCAAGAGCACUCCAAUUCAAUGGUGACAAGGAUGUCUACUUGCUUGGCUCGCUCUGCUUUAUCAACCA